AUUAAUAGAAACAGGUUAAAAUGGUGCCUAAAAUUCUUGAAGGAGAGAAAGUAAAUACAGUCCCUAAUGUAAGUUUGGGUCAAUUUAUUUUCGAUUCUGCCACUAAAUUUGGAGAGAAAGCAUGUCAGAUCGACUCGCAUACCAACACACCCGAAUCAUUUUUAUCGGUGAAACAAAGAAGUGUUAGAGUGGCCAUGGAAAUGCAAAAACGAGGUAUCACGUCUCAAGAUACACUCGUUUUCUGCUCUAAAGUCACCUUAGACACCCCAAUACCAAUCAUAGCCUCUUUCUUCUUAGGAGCCAAAAUUGCAAACUUAGAUCCUACUUUAUCAACUCGACAAACUUCUCAUUUACUUUCCAUCAUUUCCCCAAAAAUGAUUUUUGUUAGCGAAGCGGCUUUAAAUUUGAUUGAAGAAAGUUUAGAAAGCGCCAAUCUAAAAACUGCAAUUGUAGUUUACGACAACUCUACAAAGUAUCCAACAUUUUCGGAGUUUGUAAAACGUAAAGCAAACGAAGAAAAUUUUAAACCCGUCGACAUAACUAACCUGGACGAAACAAUUGUAAUGUUUUUUAGCAGCGGAACUACUGGUCUUCCUAAAGCUAUCUGUCAUAGUCACUCGAGUUUUCUCCACCUGGUUUAUAAUUUUUACGAAACAAAUGGAAAAGGCUGUUUUGAAGUCAUUCUUUCGUUUACUACAUUUUAUUGGUUAUCAGGAAUGCUUUAUCUCACAUGUACUUUUGUCGAGGGUGGUCACAGAGUGAUUUGUAGAGAUGUGGAGGACGAACAACUAUUCCAACUUAUAGAAAAAUACAAAGUAACGUUUAUUUUUGUGGCACCUAUUUUAACAUACAGAUUUACCAAUUGUCCAAACUUCAACAAGUACGAUACUUCAUCUCUUCGAAGUCUUGUAAUAAGUGGUACUCCGAUAAGCACCAUACAAUUGGAUAAAGUACGUUCAGUUUUCAAACACACUAAUGUUAUUCUUGCGUAUGGACAAACUGAGAUUGGAUAUGUCUCAAUGUAUAAUACAGACACUGAUUCGAAGUUUAUUCAAAACAAAUAUAUUUCCUGUGGUAAAGUGGUUAAGGGUGUCACUCUCAAGGUGGUGGAUGUUGAAACUAACGAAAUACUUGGUCCAAAUAAAAAAGGCGAAAUAUACGCAAAGACCAAAUCGCUGAUGAAGGGUUAUUACAAUUCUGAUAACAAAAAUAUUUUUGAGGAAGACGGAUUUUUGAGAACUGGAGACAUUGGAUAUUAUGAUGAAGAUGAAUGCUUGUAUUAUGUUGAAAGAAUUAAAGAAAUGUUCAAAUAUUUAUCUUGGCACAUAGUACCAUCAGCCAUUGAACUUGUUUUGAUGGAACAUCCUGCCAUUAAGGAAGUUGUGGUGUUUGGUUUUCCUCGCAGCGAGGAAGAAGGUGAAGUGCCGACUGCUUGUGUUGUUUUGAAAGAUGGUCCUACCGCUAGUGGAAAAGAGAUUGAAGAUUUCGUGGCUAGUAGAGUUUCCGAUAAGGAAAAAUUAAGAGGAGGUGUCUAUUUCAUGAAUGAGUUGCCAAGAACGCCAAGCGGAAAACUGAAAAGAAAAGAAAUACGAGACUAUAUUAUUAAAGAAUUGAAGAAAAAUUGAUGAAAACAAAAUCCUUAUUAUUUAUAACAAAUAAACUA